UAAGGAAAUUGCGGAAUCACGCGCCAGCCAUGAAAAGCAAAUACAAAAAAAAGAAGCAUUCGAGAAAGCAGAUGGUUUAUGAGAAGGCACUACCGCUGAAGAAACCCAGAGAGCUAUACAGAAAGAAGAGGAGGUGCAAAAUGAUGAAGAUACCGAGUUUGAGGUUCAACCUCAACCUACGGAGACCCUCUCACGCGCGCCUCCACGCUGUCUUCAAUAUUGGCCACCGACGUACACAGUGCUCUAAGCCGCCAGGAGGGUGGCCCGCCCAACCGUCGUUUAUGUUAUCAUCUGUCAUCAAGAAGCUGAUGUAAGGGUGAUAGUUGAGCCACAGUGUGACGUACAAAAGAAAAACAGCUAGUACUGUAGAGUACAUAUCAUGGAAACCGUAACUUAUCGCUUUCAAUGAAAG